CCCAGCUCAGCGGGAGUUUGCCGCGUGAACCGCUGAAAGGGCCGACGGAUGAAUGAGCCUCCCAUCGGGCUGGGGGGCCCCGGGGCUCCGGGGCCCCGCGGGCCUGAGAAUCUCGCGGAUGCUCCCCGCAGCCUGGGGCGCGCCGGGUCCUUUCCGCGAGACGUGGGGCGCGGGGCUCCCCUGGCUCCUGGCUCCCGGAAUCCCGCGGCGACUGCGGGGGCGAGCGGAAGCCGGGGCGGCGCUCCCGAGAACCGCCCGGUGGCGGAGAACCUGGACUGUGAGCCCUGGGUCAGAGAGAAAGUGCUCUUUCUUCUGCACCCAGAAAGAUGGUUGGGGACUCCAGGGGACCCUGCGCGGGAAGAAGCGGCCGGUGAGGAGGACUUCUUCCAGGCGGCCGGAGACGACCGGGAACCCAACUGCCCUUCCCUCUUUGCGGGAAAAAAGGGAAUUUCUGGCAGCCGUGUAGACGCUCCGUUCGGAGCCCCGCCGCAGGACCCCGCAGCCCCGCCCAAGUCCGUGCUCGUGCGGAUCGUGGACUAUCAGGUAACAGAGGAAGUCCUGUGGACCGCCUGGACGCAGGGCUGCAUGACCAGGCGCACGGAGGAGCACUCCAUGACCGCGAUCACGUUUCGCACCAACAGGGAAUGAAGCCGGCUGUGGGGCUCCAGGCCCCCCGAGAACCCCGGGCUCUCUCCCCUUGGGGGGAGGCACCCCGCGUCCACGCUACGGAGAGGUCACUUCGCGGUCCCCGAGGACUUGAUUGCCCGAGGAUAUGAAACAGGAAAGGAGAGCCUGAGGAAUGUUGCGAGCAGGUGGUUGAGCAAUAAUCCUUAAAAGAAAAAUUCUCUCCUGGGAACGCCAGCCGGUAGUUAUCCAACGGGAGGACUUUUUAAAAGACUGAGGCAGCGCUUCUGGGAGGCGGAUGUCACUCCAUACAGAAUGAAGAACAUGUUAGGGAAAAAAAACAAAACUAGGAAAAGAAGAGGGAGAACAGAAGACCCAGCUUUGAAGUGUAUCUAAGAAGACAUGAAGUUGAAGAGGGAAGAUACGGUUACCACAAUCCUAGGACCUCCAAAGAGCUUCACAUUUUCAUCAAUCAAGGUUAAGUCUCAGGAAUUGAGUGCCUUGUUAAUCAAACCAUUUUCCAAGCAACACUGACACAAUGCCAUUAACAACAGAAGCAUUCAUUACUGUUUUGCCUACAAGGGAAUUCAUUAAUCAGAGUAGGAAAACACAUACACAGUAUUAAACCAGUUCUGGGCUGAUCGCGACAAACUGUCAAGAAAAGAUUUUAUAGAGGAACAAAAUUAUUGGUGAUCAUGCCUUCUAAGAAGAAGUGACACUUGAAUGGACCUUUAAAAAUGUCCAGAAUUUGAUUAAAAGAUUGACACAAGCCAGAGACAAAAAGUGUCCCAAAUUUCUAGAAGGAAUAAAAGAAGGUAGACCCUGGAAGCUGAAGAUCAGGGAUCUUGAAUGAACUGUUGUUACUCAAUGUUGAUUUUAAGAGAUGUUAGUGGGAAUUCCAAGAAAAAAAUGUUCCAAGGAUUAGUAAGUGUGAAAACUGAAUUAAAUAAAAUUAAACAGGUUUUUGGUGUUUUUCUCAGAGGCUUUGAUAUCCUAAUAGGCACACCAUGAACCAAAAGAGAGGCCUGUAAUAUGAGCAUUUCUUAAAUUCACUUCACUGACACUGCUUUUUUUGCAUAGAACAUCUACUAAUGUCUCAAAGAACAAGAUUUUGGAGAACAAUAGUGUGAGAAAUGCCUUUUCAAAAAGUUGUUGUAACAUUAAAAUAGCUUAGUAGUAUUUACUAGAUGCCAAUAUUAGUCUACUAAAAAUAAUUAAAGAUGAAACCAUUC